GUUUCCACGCCGCUGCGUUUUGAGGCUAAUUAGUUUGGAUAUUAACGGGACGAAACCCCAAGCAGCUUCUAAAUGUCACCCGCUCUCCCCACAGACACAAACACACGCCGGUUCACGCUCUUUGCCCCGUUCCACCGCCCCCCAGAAAAGCGCCGCGGGGAAAACCAAGAAAAAGCCAAGAAGUGUCGGCGACGUGUGGAAUAGCAAAGCCGUGUCACUGCGCUCGGCAUUCUGGGAGCACUGGAGUGAGCCAAGAGGGCCUUCAUCAGACAGACAGACAGACGGACGAUACGUCACGACGGAUCAAACAGCUACCGUUUGAUGCAACUCGGAUGCUUGGAAUCUGUGGCCAACUCGUCUGUCGCUUACUCUUCAUCGUCUCCGCUUACAUACCCAGCUACCGGAACCGAUUUUGCCUCCCCGUAUUUUCCCACGAACCACCAGUACACGCCCUUACACCACCAGUCCUUCCACUACGAGUUCCAGCACAGCCACCCGGCCGUGAACCCGGAUGCGUACUCGUUAAACUCUCUCCAUCACUCGCAGCAGUACUACCAGCAGCUCCAUCACGGCGAACCGGCGGACUUCAUCAACCUUCACAACGCCCGCGCGCUCAAGUCCUCGUGCCUGGACGAGCAGCGGCGGGAACUGGGCUGUCUGGACGCGUACCGCAGGCAUGACCUGUCAAUCAUGAGCCACGGCUCUCAGUACGGCAUGCACCCCGAGCAAAGACUGCUGCCCGGAGCGGGUCUGGGGCUGCCGCCACCGGGGGCCGAUGACCUACAGGGAUCUGUAGACGCGCAAUGCGGACUCGUGUUAAAUGGACAAGGUGGAGUGAUUCGGAGAGGUGGCACGUGUGUAGUGAACCCUACAGACCUGUUCUGCUCUGUACCAGGAAGACUUUCUCUACUCAGCUCUACCUCAAAGUACAAAGUCACCAUCGCUGAAGUCAAACGCCGCCUGUCUCCUCCAGAGUGUCUCAAUGCCUCACUACUCGGUGGGAUUUUAAGAAGGGCCAAGUCAAAGAACGGCGGUCGGUGCCUCAGGGAGAAACUAGACCGGUUGGGACUCAAUCUCCCAGCAGGCCGCAGGAAAGCGGCGAACGUCACGCUGUUGACCUCUUUAGUGGAAGGGGAAGCGCUCCAUCUGGCUCGGGACUUUGGUUACACCUGUGAGACAGAGUUUCCCACCAAAGCGGUCGGGGAGCAUCUCGCCCGCCAGCACACGGAACCAAAGGAACAGAACGCACGCAAGAAAAUGGUGCUGGCCACCAAGCAGAUCUGUAAGGAAUUCCAGGAUUUGUUAAGUCAGGAUCGAUCUCCUCUAGGUUCCUCUAGACCAACACCUAUUCUGGACUUGGACAUUCAGAGACAUCUUACACACUUCAGUCUGAUCACGCAUGGAUUCGGUACGCCGGCGAUUUGCGCUGCUCUUAGCACCUUUCAAACGAUUCUUAGUGAAAUGCUUAAUUACCUGGAGAAGCACUCAGCCAAUAAGAGCACGGGAACGCCGGACACCAACCAGAUCAACUCCAACUCGGACAAAACACUGCGCAAAACCACCGAGCCACAGACGAAAGACGGUAAAAUCGAGAAAACAGAAUGACUCUGACACAGGAGUGGCCACUUUCCCACUUCCUGAUCCAAGCCCUGAUGGGCGGGCCUAGUUCAGGGCGUGGCUACUGGGGGCGGGGUUACAGGGUUUUUAUUCCAUAUGCGUUUUAUUUAUAUAACUGGCAUAACUUCCUAUGACCUCAGCUUUCCCUGUACAAGACUCUAUCUGUAUGUACAAACCAGUCACGUCAAUCUCAAUGCCCGACGAACGCGAACCAUUUUCGUUAUUUUCUAAGUUAUGGAAGAAAUUAUUUUGCUUAAAGUUUGUCUGUAUGUAAUUAGUUUAAAUGAUGAUUUUAAAAAUGCAAUAUCUUUUAUUAAAAGACUCACAUUCCAUUUCUGGCAAGACCUAAUUUGAGGUCAGUUUGAGACUGUAAAUUAUUACAGGUAACUUUCCCUGUUAGUUACUGUAUAUUGUGCAUGUUAAACUUUGUACACCAUCUGAAACUGACAUUGCCCACUGUUGUUCCAGAACACAAACUCUUGACUGCAUUUGUAAAAAAGUUAUAAAUAAAUAUAUAAAUUCAAUCUUUCCUUGUAGGCUUUGAACUACAUAUAUGAAAUAACCCUUCAUGCAAACUACUGGUGUUCAAUAAAGCAUAUUGCUCAAAGUCUUAUAUUAA